UCCGGUCGUGAGUCGUAGCUUUGAUAGAUUGCGUUUUUCUUCGGGAGAAAAGUCACAAGACUGAAGAAAUUGGGGUAGCCCCCUUGCUGCCAUUGGAGCGUUGACAAUGUUGACAGACAUGAGGCACUGGGAGAAGUAUGCGUUUGUCUGCCUACUUCUACUUACUUUGUUCCAAUCCGGUUCCAGUUCUGCAAUAAGUGGGUCAAAUGUCUGUCAUCGCCAGAUUUCCUAUGAAUGUCAGGAGUCCUAUACUGAAAGUUUCAACGCCGCUUGCGGCUUUUUGGGAUGGAACACCUGCGUAAGAUACCGAACAGCGUACCGACCGGCAACUUGUUACCGUGACGAGACCUACUGUUGUUCCGGAUACACACUGGUUGGAGGAAGUUGUGUUAGUGCUGGGAACUGUGUGCCAGUACACGGAGGUUGGUCGGUGCCGGUUGAAACGAGAAGGCCCGGUUCUCCCCGUUGUGGCGCCACGAUUGUGACUGUAACCCGUUCCUGUAACAACCCGGCUCCGGACUGCGGUGGAGACACAUGCCCGGGACCAGCGACGUACUGCGAACGAAGACAAACCCCAUGUCCAACAUUUUGGGGAUUUGGAGGCUUCUUCGGGAUAUUCUUGAUAAUGGGGAUGUUUGGUGACCCUCAUUUCUCAACAACCGACAUGAAAACCUACACCUUUAACGGCCACGGAGAAUACACGCUUGUGAAUGCACUGGAUGGAGAAUUCCUUCUACAAGGCAGGACACGAAGGGCCGUCGACUCUGACGGUUUAGAAACCGCCGCCACAGUCCUCAGUGCUGUUGCUACCAAGAUGUCUACUUCGUCUUCUGUUCAAGUCAACCUGGAAGAAAAUGAGCUCCACCUGUUUGUUGACAACAUGCGUAUCCAAGAGUUCAAUGACCUGGCAGACGAGGAGAUGCUCUCCUUCACCAACGUGCGCGUCUCCAAAGGAAUGGGAGGAUCUGUUGUGGCCGAGUUCUCAUCAGGUGCCAGGGUAGAGGUUUACCAAGAGACUGGAGUCCUUGCAAUGUCGAUGCAUCUUACGGAUGACUACGUGGGCCAGACGAAAGGGCUGAUGGGAGUUUGGAAUGGAGACCCGGAUGAUGACUUCACUCGCCCGGAUGGAACGAUCCUCAGUACCAACGCCACUGAUGAGGAAAUAUACGACUGGGGACUGCUAUGGGAGAUUACUGAGGCCGAGAGUAUCUUCUACUAUGGAAACAACAGCUACGCUGACUUCCGCAACCAGGACCCGUCCUACCGCCCCAUCUUUGAUCCGGUGUUUGACGAUCCUGAACUUGAACGAGAGGCAAGGGAAGUCUGCGGUGACAACAAAGUGUGCUUGUUUGAUGCAUCUGUUACCAAAAAUGUCACCAUUGGACUGGGAACCUUGACUGCUCAAGAGCGGAACCUCCAGAUUGGCGAAAGUCUUGUGAAUUCUCCUCCAAUCAUCGAAGGCCCAGUCAGCUUAAAUGUUAGUGUCGGAGACGUCGUGAGUUUCUCCUUCACUGCCACCGACCUGAAGGGCGACCCUGUCACGGUAGCUGCGGAAACCCUUCCGCCGGGAGCAACAUUUGAGUAUGGCGGCAACACGGCAACAGUCACGUGGAAUGUCGUUGACGAUGACGGUCCGGCAAUGAACUUCUCCGCGACCAAUUCCCGUGACCAGACCACUCUCUACACCCCACAAGUCAACCUGUGUAAAUGUCAAAACGGCGGCGACUGUGACUUCGGCACUCUGGCUGAUGGGGAGGAUCCAGACGGAGAUCUGCGUGUGGUCGCCUGUCAGUGCCCAUCUCCAUAUACAGGUCAGUUCUGCGAAGACUUUAAUGAGUGCGAGGCCGGCACAGACGACUGUGGAGAAAACGCUGCUUGUGUGAACGGAUCUGGAGCAUAUCGCUGUGAAUGUGAGCCCGGCUUCUAUCCCAAUCCCAAUGACACGUCGUGCCAAGACUGUCCCUAUGGAUACAGGGGAUACAUGGGUAACUGCUACCGCUUCUGGGGCGGGAAGAACGCUCAGAACUACAGCGGUGCCAGACAGGUGUGUCAGGAGAACGGAGGGGACAUCUACAUGUGGAGGAGCGCUGCUGCUGUCGCUGCACUCAAGAGGAAACUGAAAAGCGACCACUCCCCAAGUCUGUGGGUAGGCCUGAGUGAUGAGGACCUGGAGGGAACCUUCCUGUGGGCUGACGGCCUGGCUUUGGGCGGGAACGACUUCACCGACUGGUCUCCCAACCAACCGCGCAACACGGCUGAGAAGGACUGCGUCGUCGGACGGAGGGUCCACUGGUACCGCUGGAAGGUCGUGCCCUGCAGCUACAGGAGGGCCUUCAUCUGUCAAUCACCACGGGCUCUGUGAGAACAGUAUGGCGUGGCAACAGUAUUCUCUUUCUUUCUUUU